UUUGUAUCUAUUUGUAUCCAAUUUUAACGUACAAAACUGUUUACGAAUUCGAAUGUAAAACCCCAAAAAUUAAUAGUCAAAAGUUAAACAUGCAAACAAAUUAUUAAACAACCCUGUUCAACAAAUUCUCACCUUCUUCUUAUCUGCCAACUCACCACAAAACAUACAUUCCACACCAACAAAAAAAAAAAAAAACAAUUAUAAAAAACUACCCAAAGCACUCACACAACUUCCAAACAAAAAUACGCUCAUUUUAUUUAUCUCCUCUACAUAUCAAUUCAACCACUCCGACUCAACAGUAAAAAAAAUAAAGACAAAAACGCGAAAUGUCAAACAAAAUUCUCCAAUUACAAAAACAUCGAACAAAUUGUUCAUUUUCUGAACAAAAAGAGAACAAUUAUCAUUUUUUGUAGAGAAAGAAGUCGAUCAAAUAUUACUUCCAUUCAAAGUCGGAUAAUAAAUAAAAUCAUUUUCUAUUUCUACCGCCGCGACGUAGAAACAAUUUUAGUGCGAGUGCGAGUUCCAGUUCGAAGAAGAAAAAUCCCAGACCGCCUGUUUUUUUCCUUUUUUUUUGUGCAAAAUUCUCCACACACAAAUUUAUUGCAUUCAUUUUCUUAAAAGUUUACCAAACAGAGAAAAAGCAAUAAAGAAAACCAUUAUCGGUGUUGAAAAUAAUGAAUUCCAUUAUCGUCUUGGACUCCUCCGAUGAAGAGGGAGGUACCGUAAAGAAGAAGAGAGGUGCGAGGAACAACCACCAACCUCAACCCCCUGUAACAGUGCAGCCUCCAAUGGCCAGAGUAAAUCCCGUUAAGGCACCUAAUUCGGCAAUGGCAGUGAAAAAAACUCAAGCUCCUCUCCCGAAUGACAAUUUUAAGAUCCAGCUGCCAAGCAAACGUGCGACCCAGCCGUCUCAAAGUGACCUGGUGCCACCAGAAAAGCGGGUGCGACGUGUCAAACCGACGACAGUUAUGCGUAGUAACGAUGAAGAAUGGAUCAAUAGACAAAACACUUCUCAAUGGAAUGGUGGGGAUCGUCCUAAGGGGAAUAACCUGACAACUAACAAGAAUGUUGUUAAUACUACAGUUAAAGCCACUCUAAGUCCAGUUGUGAAAAAUCCUGCUUCAUUGAGCCAGGUAAAUGCGAACCGCGUUCAAAAUAAUAAUAAUCGUAACAAUCUAAAUCAAUCUACUGCUAAGGGGGCGGCGAACUUUGUGCGAAUGGCAUGGAAUGGUAAAAACCCUAAACCAUCAUCACCGCCAGUGGUUGUUAAUAAAAACAUAACUGCAACACUAAAAGAACAACCCAAGAGCCUACCAAUUCCUCCUGUAAUCAAUAAAAAUAUAACAGCCACAGCUAAAGAUCCUAAUAUUGCUUCAUCGCUCUCAUCGUCACCGGUUUUUAAUAAGAAUUCAGUAACGAUUAGAAGAAUAGUUGUUAAUGACGAUCGCCCAAAACCACUCACUCUGGCCAAAAGUAUCACAACCCCAAAGCCACCGACUACGAAUCCAGCCAUCAUUAAAAAACCACUGGCAACUUCAAUAAAUGUAGUAGAUCCCUUAAAAAUUACAAUGUCGCCCAGUAAGAAUCUCAACAAUUCAUCGAUCAAAAUUGCCCAAGUAAAUGCGUUAUCACCGGCAACACCCACUAAUCAAUCAUCGACUAGUAUAAGGAAAAUUGCAUCUACUACUGCUAUUGAAUCAGGCAAGGGCUACCAACAUCUACCCACAUUAAAGCGAAAUGAGAGCAACGCUAAGGCCGUGCCGCAAGAUCCUAUUGCGGUUGUGAGUACAUCGCCAACGAUGCUUUAUUCAAGUCCACCUACAGUAAAGAAAAUGGUUAACGUAGAACUUCCUACUAAGCCUACAGCACCGUCGACAAUGCCAGUUAUCUCGAAGGUUUUCGGUUCAGGUGUUUCUAAUAAGACCAUCAAUGAGCAACAACCAUUGAUUCACUUAGGAACUUCAGUAAUAACGAAAAAUCAAUCAAAGCUAUCUGAGCCAAAAAUAUUAUCAACAGGUGCACAUAAAACCCCGCCAGCAAUUAUUAAUAGACCAAGUGGUCUUAUAGUUACCCCAAUAACAUGUACUGUCGCUCCAACUACAACAACAACAACGCCUACAGCUUCAUACAACAUGCCAUCGAACACAACACCAAACACCAGCCGCUCAACUACAAAACAAUCAAAAGCAUCUAUUAAUCGUAAUAGGGCCUACCAAGCGGCUCAAGCAGCUCAAGCAGAACAAGCAUUGGCUUCAAUGUUCAGUAUGUUUCCGCCUGGCAAUUACAUGGGAAAUCCACAAAUGAUGUAUGACAUGGAUCCUUCAGGUGGUGCUUUUAUAAAUCCUGCCUGCAUUCCUAAUCGCCCAAUACGUACAAUGGAAGGGACAAGCUUUCCAACUGUGAGCUCACCUGGGUUCCAUAUGAACUAUCCUAAUUUUUCGGGUGGCUCCAUCACCCCUGUGAUGAGUCCUGGCCCAAAUGCAAGCCCAACUUACAAUUCAGGUCGUUCUUCUAAAAGUCCCGUCACCAGCACGGUUACGAGAUCGUCGAGUGCGACCAGAAGUCCAGCCAGCUAUAUGGGUAUAUCAAUAGAUGUUGAUCAGCCAAUACCACCAAUGUCACCACCGGUAUACAAUAUGAAUCACGUGCCGUUCAAUGGCGAUCCGUUUAAUUUUAUGCGAAACCCUCAUAACAUCCCAAGUCCAUCAUUUAGCCCAGUGCGAUCGACGAGGAGUCCUCUAAAUUCUGCUCCGAAAACUAGUAAAGGCGCUGCUGAAAGUUCCAAACCGCCAGUGUCGUCAUCAGUGUUUCACAAAGACUUAGACAGCUUUGUCAAGAGUCCAUUUAGCUAUCCCCAGACUCCAAACAACACAAAAAUCACACCAUCAUUCAGCAACGGCCCUAUUAUAUCUUUAGAUAGUCCACCGAAGAACGAAAAUCUUGUCAAAAGCCCAACUCCGGUAGAAUUAUUUAGAAGUUCUUCAAUUAAUCUGUUAUCAUCAAGUCCAGCUCAAAGCACGAUCAGCGACGGAUCAUCCAUAUCGGAGAAGUAUUCCCAUCAGCCUCUUAAUGGGAAAGAAAAGUCAUUGACUUUAAAUACGGAUGAGAAAAAAUCUGGAAAAGAUAAUUCAGUGGAGAAAGUGAAGGAUGAUGACGAGCAGGAAAAUGAAAAGGAUAGGAAUGAAGGAAGAGAAGAGGAGGUGGAGGAGGAGGAAAAAGAGCCACUUAUACCUGAAUUUGAAACCCUUCUUAAAACUUGCCGAGAAGCCGAUUCCUCCGAAGAUAUGAACAGACUGAUUGAAACAAAACUUAUACGUUAUUAUUUUUCUGUACAUCCAGACUUUGUCAAAUCUCGUGGCUUUAAAAAGGCUGUGGUAGCAGCAACAGAGAGCAUUAAGAAAAAUACUGAAUUAGUUUAUUAUCAUCUCAGACCGGUUGUGGAAGAACUAAAAGCUCGUAAAAAGUGUAAAGCAAUUGUAAUGACAAAUGAUGAAAUGUCAGCUGUAGCAGCUGAAGCCGAACAAGAGGGCAUAGAAGAUAAGGUUCGAAAUAGGCAGAUAAGGCGUCUGAAUAAAGGGUUAUAUAUUUUGACCAGGAAAAUUCACAAGUUAGAAACAGAUGAGGUGGAUCUGGAAGAUGAGAACUCGACGUAUUUAAUUGUGGAGCGAUACAAAAAACGUGCAUGUGAGAUAUACGAUAAAAUCUGUGAUCUGACUGGCGAAAGUAAACACGCUCUCAGGCAAGUAAAAAAACCAAUCACAUUCAAGGAAACAGAUUAUCCGAAAUUCAAUAAAGUUGUUGAAACAUUUGUUAACAAAACAAAAGAAUUUCCUGAUUUCGUUGAUGUUUUGCGUAUGUUGGAGUUUUGCAAUGACCGAUAUAAUUUUGGUUUACUCAAGGAAGAAAUGACUUCAAUCGCUCAAGGUGCUUUCAUUAAAAUUGGAAAACUACUACAAAGUCGCCGAAAAGCCGAUCUAUAUGAGACUGUAUCCCAUUUUACAUCAGAUCUUGAAGAUCCCGCUGACAACGAUCCGGUACUUUUAGCUAAACUUACAGAAAAUGAAAAAAAUCAAACAACAAUUGGCUCGGUAAUAGAUAAAUAUGCCCGUGAACAGGUGAGAAGAAAGGCUGAAUCAACCAGUGUGUCUGAUGAUGAGGGUAAUUCAUCAGAGGACAGCGGUUCCGAAAAAGAAUCCCAUGAUAUGAAGAAAUCAAGAACAACAAAAGAUAGCAAUAAAUCUAAUAACGAAGAAGAACAACAAAAUAAAGAUGUAAACAAAGAUUCAAACAAAACUAACAGCGAUGAGCUUUGUGAAAAACAAAUAGAAGCAACAACUAAUGGGACACACUCACCACCUCCAGCAGCGAUUGUAGUAUCCCCAUCCCUUCCGCUGGCCAGUACGUCGGCUGCAUUUCGAACAUCACCUCCGCAUGCUUUUGAAUCGCCAGAAGCAUCACCACGCCCUAGCUCUUUAUCACCUCUAUUGCCAUCUUGCACAUCGAGUUCGCUUAAGAUUCUUUCAGUUACAAGCCUCAAUGAAAGUGCUGACGUCUCCUCUCCAAAAAAAAACAACGACAUUAUUAAGCCAGCAGCUGUUGUCGGUUCAGCGGAUGAAAUUGUAAUUUCAGAUGAAGAUUUAUAGUCUUAGAUUAGCAUAUGUAAUAAAUUAUAUGUUGUAACUUGUUUUUGUUUAUUAAGUUUUUCACGGUAUAUAUAUAAAAAAAAAUAUUUAAAAAAUUUAAGUUCCUUCUUUUUCCUAAUGCCUGUUAUUUAAACAAAAUUGAAGGACAUAAGAUGUCACUGCGUAUACUGUAAAUAGCUAAAGAAAUAAUCUUUACAUAUAAUAUAAAUAUUUUGUAACAUUUAAUUUAAGCAAACAUACAAAUCACGAUUUUAAAAAAGUG